AUGGUACAUAUAGCUCUUUUCAACCAUAACCAGAAGGAUGACAUCACAUCUAACCUGGUAGCACCACCGCCGAAUGUGGAUUCGAGAAACAGAUCCAUAUCCAUCAGCAGAUUCUUUAAGUCCAACCACGGCAGUGCAGCUAAUCAGCAUGCGGCCGCUUAUAGCAGCAACUCAUCGACCAAUUCUACGGGCCACGGUCAAGACGAGGGAGACUCGGAGAAGGACGAGUCUUUAUCGACGCAAUUUAAAUCUUCCAACGACACUAACCUCGACCACAGCCCAACCCCAGAGGGCAUAUCCAAAUUGAAAAACCUAUUCAAGAUCUCCACCAUGUCCUCCACGGGGAAUUCAGUCGAGAAUUCGCCGGUCUUGGGAACUUCCAGUAAUAGCUACAAUGGGCACGAUCAAAGCAAGGUGGAAGAUGAGAUAAGGGAAACAGAAAAGGAAAACACCUCAGAAGAUCAGUUCAAGUCGGGCGCAUUCCCUGUAAAACAGGAUGCCAGCGCCAUGAUGAUGAAAAGAUUCACGAUUGGCAGGAAAAGAUCCGUUUCAUCACCAACGAAUCCCAAAUUUGCGCCCACCAGAAUUUCAAGCACAACUAGCCAGAGUAAUAUCGUGACGGAUCUGCAACAUCAGAAACAGCAGUUAGCGGAACGUCAACUAGAAGAACCGGUGAGUCCUGUAGUUAAAUCAAACAUGUAUUUUGCCCACCAAGGACUCCCUCCUCACUUAAAUAACAAUGACAACAACAAGCUCAACGAAAAUCAAGAGGCUAUACUUGGUGACUAUGAUAAUGACCUUACUGUGUACUUAAGACACGCAGACUCUGUGUUUUCCCUUAGUGACAGCGGAGUGUUGAAGCCUCCCAGAACUACAUUGGAACGCCAGCAAGAAGAAACAUCUGAUUUGUCAGAAAGCGAGUAUCCUGACUCCAAAUCUAAAUCAAUCGAAAGGAAUGAAGCAACAGACAUUACAGAUGCGACAGGCCACACGGAGAGCAAACCAAAGGAAGAGCCAAAGGGUUUAGGCAUCGAAGGUGAUUUAUCCGAAAGAACGUACAACACAUCAUCUAAGACGAAGACUAAUGACAUCUCAAAGAACGAGAACGAUGAAAAUAUCGUCACCGUCCCUGGAUUAACGCCUCCUGCGGCAUCUCCACUCCAACGGACACUAAGGAGGGUAGCAUCUGCGCCAUUGGUCCAUAGAUUGUUAAAUGAUCCAAAUGCAAGAGAUUCAAAGAGCAGCGGACUUUAUGAACAAGAUAACGCCGAUAAAGAUGCUGAGCACGUAUUUGACCCUACUAAACAUAUUGGUGAGUUGAAGAAUACUGCAAGAAGACCAAGAACGUAUACUCAAGAUAGAAUGUAUUCAACUGCAGCGACUAAAGUAAUGGACGCCCAAGUGAAUCAAGAUUCUUUCGACAAAAUCAGAUUGCUUGGUAGAGGUGAUGUUGGAAAAGUAUACUUGGUGAAGGAGAAAUCUUCUAAUAAGCUCUAUGCUAUGAAAGUUUUGUCCAAAGCGGAAAUGAUUCAAAGAAAUAAAAUUAAGAGGGCAUUAGCAGAACAAGAGAUCUUAGCAACUUCCAAUCACCCGUUUAUUGUUACAUUGUAUCAUUCUUUCCAAUCGGAAGACCAUCUUUAUCUUUGCAUGGAAUAUUGUAUGGGAGGAGAAUUUUUCAGAGCGUUACAAACAAGAGAAUCCAAAUGCAUCCCUGAAUCUGAUGCCAAAUUUUAUGCUGCAGAGGUGACAGCUGCAUUAGAAUACUUGCAUCUUAUGGGGUUCAUCUACAGAGAUUUGAAACCUGAAAAUAUCUUGUUGCAUCAAUCAGGUCACAUUAUGUUGUCUGAUUUUGACUUGUCUAAACAAUCGGCUAGUACCAAAAACCCUGAAAUAUUUUUCAAAAAGAACACUUACGGAGUUGGACAAAAUUCCAAUGUGGGGCCAACAUUGGAUACCAAAGCGUGUAUUGAUGGGUUCCGUACGAAUUCAUUUGUAGGUACAGAAGAAUACAUUGCACCUGAAGUGAUCAAGGGUAAAGGUCACACUUCCGCUGUAGAUUGGUGGACUUUGGGGAUCUUCCUUUUCGAAAUGCUUUACGGUACUACUCCAUUCAAGGGCGAUCAGAGAAACAAGACAUUUUCCAAUAUAUUGAAAAAGGAUGUGAAAUACCCAGACUCUAACAAUCAUCAACCUGUUUCAUCAAAUUGUAAAAAUCUUAUAAAGAAGCUAUUGAUUAAGGAUGAAACCAAAAGAUUGGGUUCUAAAUCUGGAGCUUCAGAUAUUAAAAAUCACUCCUUUUUCAAAAGUACCCAGUGGGCAUUACUUAGGAAUCAAAAACCCCCUAUGAUCCCCGUAUUAACUAAAUCCAAGAACUCUGGAAAAAAGGACAAGGAAAGUGAACUCAGUGAAGACGAUAACAAUGGAACUAAGAAGCAUACAAAAACAGAGGUUAAUGCAAAUGGAGAAAAUGAUGAUCCGUUCGCUAAGUUCAGUUCUGUAACUUUACAUUACAAUGAGGUGGGAAGAGAGGAAUCUAUGGUAUAUAACCAAGAAGAUUCAAUGUACACUAGUGUCGCAUAUACUAUUACAAACAAUAGUCCGGUUAAGGGUAAAGGAGGAUUUCUUAGGAGGUAA